AUGCAGACUAGAUCAGGUAAGAUUAUGAGAACAAUCUUAAGAAAAGUAUUAGCUGGUGAAGAAGAUCAAUUAGGUGAUAUCUCCACCUUAUCUGAUCCUGGUGCAGUUCAACAAAUCAUUGAAGUGGUUCACACUGCACUUAAGAAAUAA